UAUCUAUCUAAAGGCAUUAGAAAGGGAAGAAAUUCAAGUAUAGCGGGUUUAAGUGCUUUCGUGCUUUGGUGUUUUGCAUCCCAGUGUAAAAGCUAUGUUUGAAAUUAUACCGCUUAGUCUUACAAGGUUCCUGACUCUUUGUACCGGCCACUUUUAUCUACACCAGCAUAUAUUUUUUGUGUGAUAUUUUUAAAGUUUUUAAAGCUAAUUUUAUUGGUAUGAAUAUUUUAAGUAACAAUUAUACAUGCUUUUUGCAGCAUUUGAUGUAAAACUCAUUGUAAAAGUAACAAUCAUCAAAAUUAUUUUCCUUUUUUGCCGGAUUUGAUAUAAAACAUAUUUAGUAAUAACCGAGUGUGUUCUUGGGGAUAUUAGAUUUUAAGCACUUGAGCCUUAAUAAAAACCUGAUUGAGAAAAAAAAAAAGAAGGAAUAACCUAUUUUUAGAUAUGUAUGGUGUAAAAGUAGAACACCUGCUCCGCAAAAAUUACUCAGCCGGUGGGUGUGAUUUUUUAAAUAUCUUAAUCAAUGUGUGCACACUUUUUAUACAGAUCCGCGCUUUUUUGUGAUCCAAAAUAUUGCGAACCGUAUUGUUCAUUUAAAAGCAAAACUCUGGAAAACACUUUAACAUAAAUGUCUUUUAAGUGACAAUUUGUGAGGCUACAAAAGACCGACGCCUGACCAUUUCGCUGCUCGUUUGUGUUCUGACGUCAUACGCGCUUGUUUAUCUUCUGAACACAAAAGCCGCGGAUUUUAGAAUGCGGUAUGUGAUAGCUUACAAACAGGUCGUCUAUUCACAAUAUUUAUAUCCAAAUUUCCUUUUAAUACCACCGAAACGCGAUCUUUAAAAUUUUAGUACGAAUCUUUUGCUGAUAACAUACCGCUUGUAGAUAAUUGAUUUCAUCGUUAAAAACCGAAAAAUUGAUUUUAGAGCGCCCCCAGGAACACUUGUUAGUAAGUUUUUUUGAGCAUUCGACAGUUCGCACUGUAUUAUAUAGAUGGAGUGGAAGCUUAGAUGCGCGGAAAAUGAAAUUUCACGUUUAGGCAGCGAGUUGCAAGAAUUGAAAGCUGUGAAUGAGAGACUAGUCACACAGCUAAGGAACAGUAGAGAGCAAAAUCAACUCCUUGCUCGCCUAAUAGCCGAGUACGAUAAAAACAAGAUCGAACUUGGUGAACAGAACAAAAAAUUGAGCGAAGAAAAACAGAGGCUAGAGUCCCGCAUCUCGUCUCUAGAGGAAAAAUUGCGUUUUUCAGAAACUGACUAUACUCCACCAAGGAGAAAGCAAUCGCUUCAACGCAACGACGAGAACGAAAGGUCUAGAAUCGCCGGAAAUGAGCCUAGGAAUGCAAAUACCCCAAGGAGCUUUCAAGACAAUGUUUCCAGCUCUCAUUUUAGCAAGCCUACACUUCACUCCUACGCUGAUUUUAAUUUUGGCUCUUCGAGCGGGGGAGAUGCCAGUUCACUAAGCUUGGACACAAGAUCUGACCUGUCGCUCUGCCAAGAACAGUUUGCUCGCUCGCUCGUUCUUGCGGAUUUAAGUCAGACCACCGCUAGAGCUCGAAAAAUGAGCGAUACAAGGAUCUCCGGUAAAACAAGGCGUAUAUCUGUACCCGAUCGGCGCAUCAGCCUACCUAUGAUAAGGGUUGAAGAUUGGAGCGUUGGCGGGCGAUCACAAAAUACUUCACCAUCUGACCAAGAUGUUAAUGCCAGUUAUCACCAUCCGUCUGUUUCUAAGAAAUUUCUCUGAUUGGUUCAGCUCUUCCCUACUCCCACGUCAAGUUGGGAAAAUCAGACUCCAUUUUGCCUGACACGCCUAACGAGAAAAAGAAUGUUAUGGAACUACGAUGCUUGCGCUGGUCUACGCCGACAUCGCGUCUAACUGUUCAGGACGGAAUUUUUGUAAAAAUCAGCGUGCACGAGCCGGCGUUGUGGACCUAAAGGCCUGGCUAAACUAGGUCACAUGUAGCGUUGACACGUCUCCUAAAUGUUUCCUAGUUUAGCCACCGCCAAAAACAUGUAGCGCGCGACAAAUUUUUGUAGGGCGCGGCACGAAAAUGUUUUUUUUUUUAACUAUCCGAGAUCUUUUUUUUUCGCUUCUUCGAGAUUUGGCGUGCGCUACAAUGAUUUUCGAGGUGGCUAAACUAGGAGACAUGUCGCACGCUACAAGUAUUCUUGUUUCAUUGUCCCCCAAAAAAAUUGCUGGUGUCUUGAUAGACUUCACAAUUCUUACAUGGUAUCAGUUUAAAUGUCAGAUAAAUCCCAAUUUUAUCUUGCUUUUUUCACUUACUUUAUAUAAUCUCAGGGGCGGAUCCAAGGUUUCAAAAUGGGGGGUGCAUGAUGGCUAAAUAGACGGCUUAUAACUGAAUCAGGGGUUCUUGGUAGGUCACAUAGAUAAAACAAUACUUCAUGUUGAAUUUGGUUUGUCGCUUCAGCAAAGUCAAGCAGGCGAAAGCACAAAAACAGUAUACCCCGUCCCUCAUACAUUUUUUCCUUCAAACAAAGUGACUUUCAUUUUUUUUUUUUACUCAAAAAGGGGGUGGAUAUCCACCCAACCCACCUUCCCUGUAUCCGCACCUGAAUCUAAGCGUGGACGAGGAUUGUCAAGUGUAUCGCUUUCUUUCGCGUUGAACUCUUACUAUUAGCACUCUUUAUUUUCAGAUUCAAGAUCGGCUAUGCUCAUGCGAGCGCAAGAACUGUGCUCACUCGCUACUCGGCGACUGUAAUCACGUGGGUGAUACCGUGUAGGAGUCUAAAGCACAAGUCUAGCAUCUCUCGACGGCACCGGAAGAAAAAAACUUUUGAUAAGCGAUGUACAUAUGGUAAAAGUAAUAAUGCUGUAAAUAAUAAUGUAAUACUUGUUUUCGUCAUCGUGUCGUCAUCGCCAUUCUGGUAAUAUGGUAGGAACUUAUAAAAUUAUAUAAUAAUUAUAUUUAAAAUUAUAAAACUUUUAAAAAUUGUUAUAAUCACCAACUUCAUUACUGUCAACCAAUGGUUCCUAUGUUCAUGACUAGGUGUCCUUAAUGGAAAUCUCCCACCCCCAACCCCCUACAUGAAAUUUAAUGGUCACUCCCUAACGUAAAACUUUUGUAAAUAUAACAUACUUAAUUUGUGCAUUUAGUAUUAUUUGAAAAUUGGGGGGUUCUGGAUCCAAACGAGAUGUACGCCUUUCGAGUAAGGUCGCACGCAGAGAAUCGAUGUGUCGUAACCCGCAGUGCUUCGUGGGUAUCAAAUAAAUAAUAAAAUAAUCGUAAAUCAAAACAAACUCAGGUUUAGAAAGCGUUAGCAUUCUCAGUAAUGUGCCUCUACAUGGCGUUCAGAGACUAGGAUUCAGCCAUUUAUACAUAACCCAUGAACCACUGCGGGUUACGAUACAAUGAUUCGCGGGGCAACCUUAAUUGAAAUAAGUGUAUAUAGUGGUAUCUCUAUAAAGCGGCCACCCAUGUGACCGGAGUUUGCACAGCUAUUAUCGCUCGACUGUCUGUUAUGGUUUUUGCGAUCAAAUAUGGCUUUCUUGCCGAUUUUUAGACAAAAUGAAUGUUGUAUAAAAACAACACUGGAUUGACUAAUAUUUUUUAACUUGGAAAUGGUGCCGCUUUUUAGAGGAUGGCCCACUGUAUUCAAAGUACAAAUAUGAGCGGGACCUCGCGUCUCCAUAUUACUUUUCCAAUGAUGGGCUCUUUACCAGAUAUGGGGCCUGUGGAAUUUGAGCGCCAAAGCGAGGCUUUGGCGUUUGUUCACGGCCGCAGUUCCAGCAUGUUUCCAUAGAUUUUUACCUUCAA